GACGGUGCCCGCAGCGAGCUGCCUUCUGCUCUUGUGAAAUACUUCAUAUACCCGCUGUACCUUGUUCUCUGGCCGCCGUGCAUCCAUACCCCGUUCCUUCCUCCUCCCUCUUUCUCUCCUUCUCUCUUUAGAAGCCUUUCUGCAAGCACUUUUGGAUGCUCAGAGUCCACAGCUUUGCCCGCUGAUCGCGACUGCACAGCCCUAUAGAAGACUUGCUACUAUUGAUACCUGCCAUCCGCCACCUUCCACCUGCCGCAUCUGGACCAUUUCGCGGUGUUUCGCGGUACAAUUGCUCGUCAUCGCCAGUCUGGCGUCGUGAAGCAAUAAGCCCCGAGCUCGUCCUCCCUUGGCUCAGAGCUCACCGCUUUCCCCGACACACUCUCUCCCCAUCACACAACUCCCUGUAUGGGGCUCUCCACAGACAGAAUGGCCGGACUCGAGAAUAAAGGCGUCAAUGGUACGGCCAACGGCACUCCGAGCUCUGCUGCUGCCAAAUACAAUCUCCCCUCACAUUUCAUCGGUGGCACUCAUCUCGCCGCCGCCGCCCCAGGCCAGGUGAAAGAUUUCGUGGCCGCCCAUGGGGGCCACACCGUCAUCACAAAUGUCCUCAUCGCAAACAACGGCAUUGCAGCGGUCAAGGAGAUCCGAUCGGUGCGGAAAUGGGCAUACGAGACGUUUGGCGACGAGCGGGCGAUCCAAUUCACCGUUAUGGCAACGCCUGAGGAUCUCCGGGCCAAUGCCGAGUACAUUCGCAUGGCGGAUCAGUAUGUUGAGGUCCCGGGGGGCACUAAUAACAACAACUACGCGAACGUCGAGCUCAUUGUCGAUGUUGCGGAGCGCAUGAACGUUCACGCCGUGUGGGCAGGAUGGGGCCACGCAUCAGAAAACCCAAAACUCCCCGAAUCCCUCGCUGCAUCGCCAAAGAAGAUCGUCUUCAUCGGCCCUCCGGGCUCUGCUAUGCGCUCGCUGGGCGACAAGAUUUCGUCCACAAUCGUCGCACAACAUGCACAGGUGCCAUGCAUUCCAUGGUCGGGCACCGGCGUGGAUGCGGUCAAGGUCGACAAGCACGGAAUCGUCACUGUCGAGGAUGACGUCUACGAGAAGGGCUGCACAAAGUCUCCUGAAGAGGGGCUGGUGGUGGCCAAGAAGAUCGGCUUCCCCGUCAUGGUGAAGGCCUCGGAAGGCGGCGGCGGAAAGGGUAUCCGAAAGGUCGAGCGAGAGGAGGACUUUGAGCAGCUGUACCGUGCGGCUGCGUCGGAAAUCCCUGGCUCGCCCAUCUUCAUCAUGAAGCUCGCUGGAAGCGCUCGUCAUUUGGAAGUGCAGCUCCUCGCCGACCAGUAUGGAAACAACAUCUCGCUCUUUGGCCGCGACUGUUCCGUUCAGCGGCGGCACCAGAAGAUUAUCGAAGAGGCGCCCGUAACGGUCGCGAGUCCGAAGACCUUCCACGAGAUGGAGAAGGCUGCCGUGUCGCUCGGAAAGCUCGUCGGUUAUGUUUCAGCCGGAACCGUCGAAUAUCUCUACUCGCACGCUGAUGACAAGUUUUACUUUCUCGAGCUGAACCCCCGUCUUCAGGUCGAGCACCCUACCACCGAGAUGGUUACUGGUGUGAACUUGCCUGCCGCCCAGCUCCAGAUUGCCAUGGGCCUCCCCCUGCACCGAAUCCGGGAUAUCCGGCUCCUCUAUGGUGCCGAUCCGCACACCAGUACAUCCAUCGAUUUCGACUUCUCCAAAGAGGGGAGCGCGCAGAAUCAGCGACGGCCUACGCCCAAGGGCCACACGACUGCCUGCCGUAUCACCUCUGAGGACCCAGACGAGGGUUUCAAACCUUCUGGUGGUACCAUGCACGAUCUUAACUUCAGGAGUAGCUCCAAUGUCUGGGGUUACUUCUCCGUCGGAACUGCAGGUGGUAUUCACAGCUUCUCUGACUCGCAGUUCGGUCACAUUUUCGCUUAUGGCGAGAACAGGCAGGCAUCGCGGAAACACAUGGUUGUUGCGCUGAAGGAACUGAGCAUUCGUGGAGACUUCCGGACCACUGUUGAGUACCUCAUCAAGCUGCUUGAGACCCCAGCUUUCGAGGACAACACCAUCACCACGGGUUGGCUGGACGAGCUCAUCUCCAAGAAACUGACCGCUGAGCGACCUGACCCCAUGAUUGCCGUCAUCUGCGGUGCUGUCACUAAGGCCCACAUUGCCAGCGAUGCGUGUAUGAACGAGUACAGGAUCAGCUUGGAGAAGGGUCAGGUUCCCUCCAAGGAUGUGCUCAAGACCGUCUUCCCCAUCGACUUCAUCUACGAGGAGUACAGAUACAAGUUCACUGCAACUAGGUCGAGCAUCGACAGCUUCACCCUUUUCAUCAACGGUUCAAAGUGUUCUAUUGGAGUGAGGGCUCUUGCAGAUGGCGGCCUCUUAGUCCUCCUUAAUGGCAAGUCUCACAACGUCUACUGGAAGGAAGAGGUUGGCGCUACUCGUCUCUCUGUAGAUGGCAAAACCUGCCUUCUCGAGCAGGAGAAUGACCCCACUCAACUCAGAACCCCAUCGCCUGGUAAGCUUGUCAAAUUCACGGUAGAGAACGGCGAGCACAUCAAGAAAGGCCAGGCAUUCGCCGAAGUUGAGGUCAUGAAAAUGUAUAUGCCCUUGAUUGCCCAGGAAGACGGCGUUGUCAACCUUAUCAAGCAGCCUGGGGCAACCCUUGAGGCUGGCGACAUCCUCGGUAUACUCGCUUUAGAUGAUCCAACCAAGGUGAAGUCAGCCCAGCCAUUCUUAGGUCUCCUCCCUGACCUCGGUCCACCACAAGUCAUGGGCAGUAAACCUCCGCAAAGAUUCGCGUACCUCUCCGGUGUUCUCGAGAACAUCCUCCAGGGCUUCGACAACCAGGUCAUCAUGCAGAGCACCCUCAGGGAACUGGUUGAAGUUCUCCGCGAUUCGGAACUUCCAUAUGGUGAAUGGAACGCCCAAGCAUCUGCCCUCCAUGCCCGCAUGCCCCAGAAGCUUGAUGCCACUCUCGGCCAAAUCGUCGACCGUGCACACAGCCGAAACCUGGAAUUCCCAGCCAAGCAGCUCAACAAGGCAUUCCAGCGAUUCCUUGAUGAGAAUGUUGCGAAGGGCGAUGCCGAACUUUUGAAGGCUUCCUUGGCUCCUCUCACUGAUGUCAUCACCCGCUACACUGAGGGCCUCAAAGCGCACGAGUACACUGUCAUGAUCAAGUUCCUGGAGAUGUACUGGGCCGUCGAGUCUCUCUUCUCAUCCCGAACUUCCCGAGACGAGGAAGUGGUUCUCAAGCUUCGUGACGAAAACCGCGACAACAUCUCCAGCGUUGUCCACACCGUUCUCUCCCACACCAGGGUGAGCGCGAAGAACAACCUGGUGAUUGCGAUUCUUGACUUAUAUCGGCCAAACAAGCCUGGUGCAGGCAACGUUGCCAGGUAUUUCAAGGGUGCUCUCAAGAAGUUGACCGACUUGGAGUCUAGGUCGACUGCCAAGGUCUCUCUCAAAGCCCGCGAGGUUCUCAUCCAGUGCGCUAUGCCCUCUCUUGAGGAGCGAACAUCCCAGAUGGAGCACAUUCUCCGUUCUUCGGUGCUUGAAUCUCGAUAUGGCGAGAGCGGGUGGGACCACCGUGAACCUAAUUUUGAAGUGAUCAAGGAGGUCGUUGACUCCCGUUACACCGUCUUCGACGUUUUGCCUCAGUUCUUCGCCCAUCAGGACCCCUGGGUCGCUCUUGCUGCCUUGGAGGUAUACACUCGUCGGGCGUACCGUGCUUACCAGCUCAAGGAGCUCCACUACCAUACCGACUCAGAGCAGCCCUAUAUUCUCUCCUGGGACUUUGCCCUCCGUAAGGUCGGCGAGUCUGAGUUUGGCCUCCCGGUUGAGUCCUCCCAACCUUCAACCCCUGGCACUCCCGGAUUCGAACGUCCCCCUCGCAUUCACUCCAUUAGCGACAUGACUUACUUGAACGCUCGCAUGGAGGGGGAGCCUACACGCAAGGGUGUCGUCGUGCCUGUCGAGUACCUCGAUGAUGCUGAAGAGUAUCUCUCCAAGGCCCUCGAGCUCUUCCCUUCUAUCGGCGGCAAGAAGAAGGGUGGCGUAAGCUUAAAGGAUGGGUUGACUAUGAAGCGCAACCCUACAGCUAGUGGACCCAAAAUCGAAAGCGAGGACGAACUGACAGGUGUCUGUAAUGUCGCCGUCCGUGAUGCCGAGAGCUUUGAUGACAAAGAGAUCCUCGAACGCAUCGUUUCUAUUGUCAAGGAGUACAAGGAUGAGUUAUAUGCCCAUCGUGUCCGCCGCCUCACUUUCAUCUGCGGACACAAGGAUGGCACUUACCCUGGUUACUAUACUUUCCGUGGUCCCAGCUAUGUCGAGGAUGAAAGCAUUCGUCAUGUUGAGCCCGCCCUUGCUUUCCAACUUGAACUUGGGCGUUUGUCCAAGUUCAACAUCAAGCCCGUCUUUACUGAAAAUCGUAAUAUCCACAUUUACGAGGCCAUUGGUAAGGGCGCUGAGAGCGACAAGCGCUACUUCAUGAGGGCCGUCGUUAGGUCUGGACGUCUGAGGGAGGAGAUUCCUACUACCGAGUACAUGAUUUCUGAGGCUGACAGGCUGAUGACUGACAUCUUGGAUGCCAUGGAGAUUGUGGGUCACAAUCAGGCCGACAUGAAUCACAUCUUCAUUAACUUCUCUCACGUCUUCCCUCUUGCGCCACAAGAGAUUGAGGAGGCUAUCGGUGGCUUUUUGGAUCGAUUCGGCCGAAGGCUUUGGCGUCUCCGCGUCACUGGCGCUGAAAUCCGUAUUAUUGUCACUGAUCCUGCGACUGGAAUGCCAUAUCCUCUCCGCGUCAUCAUUACCAACACCUCUGGAUAUGUUAUCAACGUCGAGAUGUACGCUGAGCGCAAAUCUGAGAAAGCGGGCAAGUGGCUCUUCCACAGUAUUGGCGGAACCACGAAGAUUGGCUCUCUUCACCUUCAGCCAGUCAAUACUCCUUACCCAACUAAAGGUGCUCUCCAGCCAAAGAGAUACAAGGCUCACCUCAUGGGUACGCAAUAUGUCUAUGACUUCCCCGAGCUCUUCCGACAGGCUAUCGAAAACAGCUGGAACAUUGCUGUUGCUAAGCAUCCAUACCUUCGGGAGAAGCAGCCACAAAAGGGCGAAUGCAUCGAAGCGUAUGAGCUGGUCAUUGACGACACGGACAAUCUGGCCGAGGUCAAUCGUGAUCCUGGAUUCAACACCAUUGGUAUGGUUGGUUGGAUUGUUACUGCUAAAACACCUGAGUAUCCUCGCGGCCGUCGCUUUAUCAUUAUCGCCAAUGACAUUACUUUUAAGAUCGGUUCUUUUGGUCCUCAGGAAGACAAAUUCUUCCACAAAUGCUCUGAGCUUUCUCGCAAGCUAGGCAUUCCCCGAAUCUAUCUUUCAGCCAACUCUGGUGCUCGUAUUGGUCUUGCCGAAGAGCUAAUUCCUCACUUCUCGGUCGCUUGGAAGGAUCCCACAAAGCCUGAGUCUGGUUUCGACUACCUUUACCUGACUCCUGAGAAAUACAAGCACUUCGUUGACGGCAAACGCCAGGACGUUAUCGCCGAAAAGGUCAACGCCGACGGUGAGGAGCGCUAUAAGAUCACUACCAUUAUCGGUGCUGAGGAUGGCCUUGGUGUCGAGUCUCUUCGUGGCUCUGGUUUGAUCGCUGGUGAGACGUCAAGGGCCUAUGAGGAUGUGUUCACCAUCACGCUGGUCACUUGCCGUUCAGUCGGCAUUGGCGCUUACCUUGUCCGUCUUGGCCAGCGUGCCAUCCAAAUUGAGGGUCAGCCGAUUAUUCUCACUGGGGCUCAAGCACUCAAUAAGCUGCUUGGCCGAGAAGUCUACACCUCCAAUUUGCAGCUUGGUGGCACCCAGAUCAUGUACAGGAACGGCGUUUCUCACAUGACUGCGGAUGAUGACUUUGAGGGUGUUUCUAAGAUCGUUAAGUGGAUGUCAUAUGUGCCUGACAAGAAGGGCAACCCAGUCCCUAUCUCCCCAACGGCUGAUGAGUGGGAUCGCGAUGUCACCUUCUAUCCUCCUUCCAAAUCUGGCUACGAUGUGAGGCAUCUGAUUGCUGGUAAGGAGGAUGAGGAUGGCUUCCUGUCUGGUUUAUUCGACCGAGGCUCCUUCGAGGAGGCCCUCGGUGGCUGGGCUAAGACUGUUGUCAUCGGUCGGGCCCGCCUCGGAGGUAUUCCAGUUGGUGUCAUUGGCGUUGAGACUCGAUCAGUCGAGAACGUCACACCAGCAGACCCUGCCAACCCCGAUUCCAUCGAGCAAGUUACAUCAGAGGCCGGUGGAGUCUGGUACCCCAACUCUGCCUUCAAGACCGCCCAAGCUAUCAAGGACUUCAACAAUGGCGAGCAAUUACCAUUGAUGAUCCUCGCCAACUGGCGUGGUUUCUCUGGUGGCCAGCGUGACAUGUACAACGAAGUUCUCAAGUAUGGCUCUUACAUCGUCGACGCCCUCGUCAAGUAUGAGCAGCCCAUCUUCGUCUACAUUCCUCCGCUCGGGGAGCUUCGUGGUGGAUCUUGGGUCGUAGUUGACCCAACCAUCAACGCGCAAUUCAUGGAAAUGUACGCCGAUGAAGACUCUCGUGGUGGUGUUCUCGAGCCUGAAGGUAUCGUGGGCAUCAAAUACCGCCGAGACCGCCAACUCGAGAGUAUGGCCCGCCUUGACCAAACUUAUGGCGACUUGAGGCGCAGAUUAAACGAUCCAUCCACACCGCAAGACGAGCUCAAGGGCAUCAAGGUCAAGAUGAAUGAGCGUGAACAAAGACUUCUCCCCAUCUACGGCCAGAUCUCUCUACAAUUCGCUGACCUUCACGACCGCUCCGGACGCAUGCAAGCCAAGGGUGUCAUCCGUCAAUCCCUCCGCUGGCAGAACGCCCGCCGCUUCUUCUACUGGCGUCUACGCCGUAGACUCAACGAAGAGUACAUUCUUAAGAAGAUGGCGGCUGCGGCUGCACCUGCGGCUGACGUAGCCAAGGCCGAUCCUAUUACCCGCACGCGAGGCUUAGAGAUGCUCAAGGCAUGGUCAAACAUUCCCAAGUUUGAGCAGGACGACAUGAGCGUUGCGGUUUGGUAUGAAGAGAAUAGAAAGGGUGUGCAUGAUAAGGUGGAACAAUUGAAGAGAGAGGGAAUUGCAAUGGAGGUCGCUCAGUUGAUCAGGAAGGAUAGGGAAGGUGGUCUAAAGGGUGUGGUGCAGAUGUUGGCUACAUUGCCAACGAGCGAGAAGGAAGAAGUACUAAGGAUGUUGAGCACGGCGUAAGGAAAGCCCCACUCUCUCACUGAGACUGUAUUAUUGGAAUCUCUCAUAUCCUCGGUUCGUUUUAUUUCAACUUUCAUUGAAAGCAUUCUGAGGGUGUUUGAGGCUUCUUUUCCAGGGGGUUUUGGGAGGGUUGCGGCUGGUCCUAUUGCAGCGUUUUCGACGAUUGUAUUGUUUUAAUGGCCUUUGACGCUCCUGUCCAAAUUUCAAAAGGUGGGUCAGGUUGGGCAAGCCUGGACUCGCAUUGGUUUGUAUACUAGCGGGAACUCCUAGAAUUCAUGCAUAACAUAAGUCUUUGCAACUAGAA